AUGUUCACCUACAUGCGGCGCGACGACCAGCGCCCGUCCAGCGUCGCCUGCGCCCCUCCGCCGGCCUCCUCGCAGCCGCCGCCGCGGCCCAGCAGCGACUCCUUCACAGCCUCCAACUCGACCCUGACAGACGGCAUCUUCGAGUCGGGCAUCUGGACGGCCGAGCCGGACCUCAACUCGGCCUUCAACAGUGGGAAAUGGUUCUCAGAUGAGAAGAUCUGCUGCUGUCCGGGAAAAACUGUCCCACCGUCGCCCGAGGAGAAAAUCGUUGUGACGGAAUACGAACUGAGGGACAACUGGCUGGCAAACGACCGCUAUCACUCGAAUGUCUCGUCCAUGUAUGGGAGCACGCAGAACUCGCCGAGCGUGGGCGUGGGCGUGGGUGCAGGUGCUGGUGCUGGCUUUCAGCAUCCGCAGCACUACCAGAGCCAGCAUCAGGGCCAGGUGGCGGCACCAGAGAAUACGGCCCGCUCCUCGUCGACCUGGAGAUGGACGCUGGGUAAGGGAUCGAGCUCGUCUCCGUCAGACAGCUUGAAGGGAAGCAUGGGGGACGGGGGAUACUCGCCUGGUGCGGUUGCGAGCCGGUCAUCUUCGAAGCCCUCGCCUGAUACCAGCUCCAGCGCCUAUGCGGGCGAGCCUAGAGGAUUCCUGCGAGAGUCAGGCAACGGUCCCUCGAAGAAGCACCAGCAGAACCAGCAGCAGAACCAGCACCAGCAGCAUCACCACGGCCAGGAGGUGGUGGAAGUGCCGUCCUCAAAGGGGACAAAGACGAGGCUGAACCUGUUGAAUCCCAUGGCCUUGCUUGCCAGAAGACGGUCUGCCCAGCCGGCCAGUGCGAGGCCAGAGGAUAUCAGCAUCAGCAAGCUCACUGUCCCAGCUCUGCCGGACGACUACGACCCGAGGAUCAGAGGCAGCCUGGUCCAUGAUUUCUCGGUGCCGCGGGCUCGGUCAAAUAUGGUGGAUAGCAGCAAUGCCCGCUCACGACAGCUCAGAGAGCUCCCUGACAAUCCUCCCAGACCCCAGAAGCCACCGCAUCAGGCUCAGCAGAUGCAGAUCACAGCUCCAACACCGUAUAGACAGAUUAAUAGAGCAUCCGUCGAGCUGCCUCCGGAACCACAGGCUGAGAACCAGCAAUUUCCCAUACAAACGAACCCCAAAGCCGAUGUUGAUAUGCAGCAGCAGCAACCAACGUCACCACCACCACAGCAACAACAACUACAACAACAACCACAACAGAAUGCUCAAGAAACAUCAUCAACUUAUACGAGAUCUCCUCCGUCUACCUUACGGUACAAGCCCGGAUCAGUCCGAGAUCCAUCAUUUGUUCCUCUGGGACUUCCACGACAUUUGACCAGCAGUGCAUCGCGGUUUAGUUUCGACCUGGCGGGCGCUGCCUCAGCAUCCCAGGAGAGGCUGAUGGAAGAAAGACACAAGGAGAAAGAGGCUGCGAAGAGAGCCAUGGGUACUAAUUUAAGGAGUGAAUUUGAUGACGACUCUGAUGAGUUUGAUUACGACGCCAUGAUAGAUGAUGACGGACUGGAAGAGAAGAUACCUGGCAUCAACGCCGAUGCUGACUCCAUAGACGAGUCUGAUACCGCUGCAAACCCAGCCUUGCAGAAUUAUAUGAAGUCAUAUGCCCCUACACUGUCUACGGUCAUGUCUAGCCCUACAAGCCCUCCAGGGAACAGUUCCUUUGUCCCCGUGGCUAAUAAUGGGGCCUCGGUGCCUCCAGGAUUUAUCAUGUCCUCGAACCAGCCUGGUCUGUCAAUGUAUUCAGGAUUCCAACAGCCCGUUCCACCCGCCAUGGUGAGCCCUGAACUGCCUACCACGAACCAGGAAGCCUCCAGGGGUAAUAAUGGCGAGGAUGACUUGUACUACGAUGACGGUCUCUUUGGCGAACUGCCCCCUGAGAUGCAAGGAUCUACCAUCGACGAGUCUAUCUUUGACGAUGAGACGAGCUAUCUGUAUGAUAACAAAAGGCGAGCUGCUCAGCCUCCUCAGGCCUUGUCCGAGCAGUCGACCGCUGCCAGCUACGACAAUCCAAUCCCAAUGCCGCAGAACAGCGUCGUGGAGGCCAGGCCUGCUCACAACAUGGAUGAGCCCCCAUCUCAAUUCCAGGGACUAACAGAGGGAAACCUGGAAGCAUACCAUAGCGCCUUAGCCCAGGCAGCCAAUGAAGCUGCUCGCAAGGGAAGGUUUGAGCGGAACGCAAGUCUAAGUGAAACGUCCCUGCCAGAGGGAGAGUCUCAAACUGAUCCAUGCUUGACCACAGAUGAGAGCAGAAUGAGCCAGACAGUUGAUACUGAUGCGCUAGGCAUGGAUGACCCGCUAGACGACUUUGACUAUUACGAUGGAGACGGCCUAGACGAUGAUCCGAUUAUCGCCGAAGCUAAUGCAGACGUCCUGGAGCAUGACGAUGAAGGGUUUUAUGGCCGGGAAUUUGGGUUCUAUGCCCAUGCCCAUGGCAGUGACGACAAGGAGCGUGUGUACGGCGGCUACUUUGGUGCCCCUGGCUCAGAAGGGAUCAUUCGAAACCACAGUGGACGAAAGAACUUUCGAGAACCCAGCCUGACACCAAUUACCGAGCGCAGUGAAUGGAGUACACGCAACUCAAUUGUCUCUCUGGCCGCUCAUACCGGUCACUCGAGCCAUCAGCAGCAGCCUCCACUAGCCCAGCUCGUUGAUAUGGAAGUCGCCGAUGACGAGAUAUCGCUAAGUGCUCUAAUGAAACUACGGCGGGGGGCCUGGGGCGGCAGUAACGGCAGUCUACGCAGCAACACAGGGGGUAGCCAGGGCGCCGCUUCACCUUCAGCGGCCCAACCUCAUCGCGGGAGCUUGACUCACUACUACGACACAGGUUCGCCGGUACAAAGUAGUGGCUUAGUAAAUGGCGGCGGUAACUCGGAAGUGAACAGUCCCACCCAUGCUGAUAGGGAAUUUACCCCGGAUCCCAGAGCUAUCAGAAGACAUUCGGAUACCGUUCGACCUCCGUCUAGCUGGGACCCGGCAAGCAGACAUUCGCUACGCAUGGAAGAUGAGAAAUCUGGCCUGAUGUCCCCCACCGCAGGCGAACGUAUCAGCUACGUCCGAAGCAAAGACGAGUCCGGAUCUGAGUACUGGGUCCUCGAGAGACGACGGACAGGAGAUGGAGGCGAGUCAGAGGUGUUGGAGCGAGAGACGAUGAAACUUCGGAUAUGA